GUCUAAGAAGGAGAGGGAAGUUUAAAGUUAGGCGGCACAAAGUGGAUGUUGAUGCAACAAUCCUCCGGAGAUCUUCAUUAUGGUUGUUUCUAAUCCAAAGAAAAACCUUGAAGGUUGUAAACUACCUGUGAAGUUACCGGAUUCGGAUUUUUUUCAUACUGCUGAGAUCUUGGGCACAAGAGAUGUCGGUGACUGUACAUACUACUACGUUCAUUACGAUGACUACAACAAACGGCUAGAUGAAUGGGUCAGUGCGGACCGCCUUGACUUUUCGAAAUUAGAAAGACCUCUCAAAAGGUCUACAAAGGAUUCUGUAAACCCAGUUUUCACCUUAUCUUCGACAGAUGAUGAGGUGCUAAGCUCCUCAGAACUUAGGAAUUCAGAAUCCGAACUGAAUCCUCCUCUUAAGAGUCGCAGUUCAAGUUCCUCCAGCUUAACACAACUUAAAAGAAAACGACCACCUGAUGAUGUUUAUGAAGGACCAAUACACCUUACUCUACAAAAUGAUUUGGAUGAUCUUGUGUUUGAUGGUUCUCCAACAUCCGGCAAACCGAGACAAACUGGUAGUAUGGUUUCCAGCAACUACGAACAGGAUACAGUUACAAGAAUGAGAAAUCUUGAAUGGAUUGAAUUAGGGCGAUAUCGGAUUAAACCAUGGUAUUUUUCACCUUACCCACAAGAGCUGGUAAACGUUCCAUGUGUAUAUAUUUGUGAAUUCUGCUUGAAGUAUCUGAAAAGCUUGACUUGUCUGCGCAGACACUUAAGUAAAUGCACGUUAAGAAAUCCACCGGGAAAUGAAAUUUAUCGGAAACUUCCUCAUAGUUUCUUUGAGAUCGAUGGACGUAAAAAUAAAACAUAUGCGCAACACCUAUGCCUUCUCGCUAAACUGUUCUUGGAUCAUAAAACGUUGUACUACGACACAGAUCCUUUCUUAUUUUACGUACUUUGUGAAAUAGACUCCCGUGGUUAUCACCUAGUAGGAUAUUUUUCGAAAGAAAAGGAAUCCUCUGAGGACUACAAUGUCGCUUGUAUUUUGGUACUUCCACCUUUUCAGCGUAAAGGCUACGGGAAAUAUCUAAUUGAAUUCAGUUAUGAAUUGAGCAAAAUUGAAGGUAAAUCUGGAUCACCUGAAAAACCGUUGAGUGAUUUGGGUUUAUUAUCUUAUCGGUCGUAUUGGGCUCAAACAAUUUUGGAGUUAUUAUUAAAUUCUAAAGCAAGUGAAUCUGGACAAGAUCCUGCAUUAAGUAUCAAUGACAUUGUCGACCGAACUUGUAUUAAACGCGAUGAUGUUAUUGCUACAUUAUCUCAUUUAAAUGUAUUAUACUAUGUUAAAGGACAACAUGUUAUCUAUUUAUCACGUGACCUUAUUCAAGCUCAUCAAAAAGCAAUGCAACGUCGUAAUCUUCGUGUUGAUUCAAAAUUACUUAAUUGGAAAGCAAAAGAUUGGAGUAAACGUGGACGAUGGUGAUUGAUGUGAUUUUUCUGCCAUACUUAUACAUUUAAUGAAAGCUACUAAUAAAAUUAUUUGCUUUGCCGUUUGUCUGUGUAUCUGUUCGUGCUUGCGUGUAUGUGUGUGUAUGUGUGUGCCAGUCAGUCAGUCAGUUAAUCUUCUCUCUUACAGUGGUGAAUGACUACACCUGUCGGUGUAUCUCUGUUCCUCUGACUUUCUUUCCCUUUGUCUUGUCCUUUUGUGACGUAUGUAUACAUGAUUUAUUUAGUAAUCUUCAGUGAACACAAUACUUUAUGAAAUUUAGGUUGUGUAAUAAAUUGUAUACAGUUAUAUGUAAUCAGUUGUUGAAAGUAAUGCUUAUACAACAAUUACAACAAUGUUAUUUGGAAGAGCUUAAGCAGUUCUUUACUUACGUGAAAUCACUUCAUUUUUCUGAGAUAAUGAUUCCAUGUAUAUAUGUGCACACAUAAUGGUUGAUUAUGCGCUUCACUCACCCAUUAUUAUUGAGAUUUUCAUACUUCCUAGACUAAUUUAGACUUGUAUCCUCAUAGUUCACCUAUUGAAUUCAGGUAAUUAUUAGUACUCGUUAUUCUAUCGUUAAC